AUGGCAGACCAAGCGCAAGGCGACAUGCAUCAUCAGGCGUCUGGACAACAGACAGUCCAUACACUCGAUGGAGUCGAUGCUAAAUCGGCUUUACUUCGGAGGGGUUAUCACGCCUUAGCAUUUGGAGCAGGCGAUGCUCGCCUUCACUUCGAGAACCAUACACACUGCAGCUCAUUCGACGACGUACCCAUCAGCUACGACGGUUCUACCUCUUGUUUCUUCGUCCAGCGUGAUGCUCUCGGUCGUUCCCACUCGCCUAUCUUUCUCGACCUUAAUCCCAACCCCGCCGCACCGUCAAUAAUCAGUCAAGAAUACUGGCAGCUUAACACCGAGGCAGACCUUGGAAGGUUCGUCAAGGGCGACAAUGUAAAGCUGGAAGAUACCAUCUUUCUGCUUCACGAGGGAGUCGAAGGCGCUCUGGGGUUGACUGUCGAACAGGCAGUGCAAGGGAAAGGAACACAUUUGAAGGGGUGGAAGGAGACAGCGAAUCUCGGAGACAAGGCGUCCGCUCACAUUCGAUUAUGGUUUCCAGGCCGCCAGUCGUGGAAGCGUCAGAUUCAGACCAAGGACCAUACGUCCUCAAGGAACCCCAUACUACUCAAAGGCUUCGUUCAACACAUUGGACGAUGUGUCGAGGCAUACUUCCAAAAGAACGCAGCCCUUUGCUCUAUAUCAGGAGAACCGAUCACGUCCAAAGAGCUCAUCAUUCUCGGUGCGGUUCACGUAUCAGCAGGGAGCUGGCAGCCCAUUUUGGCUUACAAUAUGCGUGAAACUGUUGAAUGA